CGCGGCGCAGUUGACAGGUGGGCGGGCGUAGAAGGCGGCGCACUGCUGCGGCGUCCGCUGCGACGAGCGGUUGGGCAGGCAGUUGCUCCGGUCGCCGUCCCGCGGCACAACGCGCGCGCAAGCCGGCGGCUCGCCCGUGAAGAAGUUGUAGGCGAACGUGAAGUUCUUGAGGCGCGGCAGGUUGCAUAUCCCCGGCGGUACCGCGCCGGUGAGCAGGUUGUGGGUGACGUCCAGCUGCUCCAGCUUCCUCAUCAGGGCGAGCUCCGGCGGCAGCGGGCCGGCGAGCUGGUUGAAGCUGACGUCGAGCACGGUGAGCUCCCGCAGCAGGCCGAUCUCCGGCGGGAAGCAGGAGGAGAGGCCGUUGUUGAUGAGCAGGAUCUCGUUGAGCGUGCCGGACAUGUUGGCGACGCUGGCCGGGAGGCAGCCGCCGAAGGCGUUGUGCGCGAGGACGACGACGGACGCCGGCGAGUUGCCGAAGUUGUCCGGGAGCUGGAAGCGGAGGCGGUUGUGGUUGAGGAAGAUGGCGUCGAGCGGGCGGUCGAAGAGGCGCGGCGGGACGGCGCCCUCGAAGUCGUUGAAGCGGAGGUCCAGGAAGCGCAGCGCCGGGAGGUCCAGGACGACGUCCGGGAACUUGCCGACGAAGCGGUUGUUGCUGAGGUCGAGCUCGUGGAGGAGGCGGAGGCGGCGGAGCGCGCGGGGGAGGACGCCGCAGAAGCGGUUGGAGUUGAGGUGGAGCAGGGCGAGGUCGGCGAGGAGGCCGAGCUCCGGCGGGAGGAAGCCCGCGAUGUCGCCGUGGUUGAGGUCGACCCCGGCGACGGCGAGCGCGCCGCGGCGGUGGGUGCCGCCGGAGGGGAGCGGCGCGCAGUAGACGCCCGUGUAGUUGCACACCCCCGGGCCUACCCAGUCGGCGGUGAGGUUGUUGGGGUCGGAGAAGAUGGCCUGCCGCUUCCACGUCUGCAGCGCGACGUACGCGUCCCGCAGGCGCCGGCUCGGGAACCGCCACGACGGAUCCACCUCCACCGCCACCGUCGGCCGCCCCUCUGAAGCC